CAUCCCUUAAUGAACCUAAUGCAUGAUAAUGAAGGACCGUCUAAUAGGAGAAUAAUUAUUUACUUUCAAAAUGAGUUUGGAAGAAACAGUCUAACAUAUCGAUGUGGCUUCAGAUUAAUUUAAAAGCCUCGUCGUAUUAUGUGUGGGAUGUAGGAUUGUGUCUGAUUCGAACUGACGGGAGCCACUAAGAAAACUCCCAACGUUUUUUUUUUCUCUGGGCAUGCGUGAAAAAAAACGUUUUCUCAGCGUGGACUUUAUAAAGCGGGGCGCGUCUCGGUGAAAGUCAGUCCGCCCACUGCUGCCGUGCCUCACUCAUCUUCUCUGGCUCUCCUCUUCGUCUGCGGAGAAGGAGCGCGGGACAGAGCGGAGUCGAUCCCACUCCAGUGGGGACUAAGGGCUCGUUAGCAUCGCUAUCCAGUUUUUCAAGAUGAAACUUGCCUUUCUACUAGCGGUGUCUCUGUCCUUCAUAACAGAAAACCAGUCCCUUCCAGCGGUAAAAUCGGAGAGACGAGAGGAUUUGCUGAAGAGAUGCUUGGCAGACGCCCUUUCCAUUGCACUUUCCAAAACAGAAGCAACGCCAGAGCAUCCGGAGUGCAAAGAACUCUUCAUAGGAGGCUCCAACCAUGAGGCUCCAGUGAAGAAGAGUGGAGAGGAGGUGCCGCCACUAGAGGGGGAAGGAGCCAAAGAAGAAUCAGAGCUGGAGGCCAUCCGAGACCUCCUUAAGGAGAACGAGGAGAAGUACGAAGAGACGGACGAGGAACGAAGCCAGGAGGAGUUUCCUCAGUACCAGAGGAAAAGGCACCUCUUUCCGUCAGAGAAGGAGAAACGUGAGGAAGGGGAGGGCAGAGAGAAGAGGUCCUUCAGGCCUGGGUUUGCGCGCAAAUAUCAAAGAAAGUAUCACAAGCGUGAAGGAGACUCGUCCAAGGAAGAAGAGGAGAACGAGGAGGACAGAGAGAAGAGGACCUUUAGGCCGUCGAACAAACAUCAAAGAAGGCGUCUUCACAAGCGUGAAGGAGACUCGUCCGAAGAAGAAGAGGAGGACGAGGAGGACAGAGAGAGGAGGUCCUUUAGACCGUCAAACAAACAUCAAAGAAGGCGGCUUCACAAGCGUGAAGUAGACUCGUCCGAGGAAGAAGAGGAGGACGAGGAGGACAGAGAGAAGAGGACCUUUAGGCCGUCGAACAAACAUCAAAGAAGGCGGCUUCACAAGCGUGAAGGAGACUCGUCCGAGGAACAAGAGGAGGACGAGGAGGACAGAGAGAAGAGGACCUUUAGGCCGUCGAACAAACAUCAAAGAAGGCGGCUUCACAAGCGUGAAGGAGACUCGUCCGAGGAAGAAGAGGAGGAUGAGGAGGACAGAGAGAAGAGGACCUUUAGGCCAUCGAACAAACAUCAAAGAAGGCGGCUUCACAAGCGUGAAGGAGACUCGUCCGAGGAAGAAGAGGAAGACGAGGAGGACAGAGAGAAGAGGACCUUCAGGCCGUCGAACAAACAUCAAAGAAGGCGGCUUCACAAGCGUGAAGGAGACUCGUCCGAGGAAGAAGAGGAAGACGAGGAGGACAGAGAGAAGAGGACCUUCAGGCCGUCGAACAAACAUCAAAGAAGGCGGCUUCACAAGCGUGAAGGAGACUCGUCCGAGGAAGAAGAGGAAGACGAGGAGGACAGAGAGAAGAGGACCUUCAGGCCGUCGAACAAACAUCAAAGAAGGCGGCUUCACAAGCGUGAAGGAGACUCGUCCGAUGAACAAGAGGAGGACGAGGAGGACAGAGAGAAGAGGACCUUUAGGCCGUCGAACAAACAUCAAAGAAGGCGGCUUCACAAGCGUGAAGGAGACUCGUCCGAGGAAGAAGAGGAAGACGAGGAGGACAGAGAGAAGAGGACCUUCAGGCCGUCGAACAAACAUCAAAGAAGGCGGCUUCACAAGCGUGAAGGAGACUCGUCCGAGGAAGAAGAGGAAGACGAGGAGGACAGAGAGAAGAGGACCUUCAGGCCGUCGAACAAACAUCAAAGAAGGCGGCUUCACAAGCGUGAAGGAGACUCGUCCGAUGAACAAGAGGAGGACGAGGAGGACAGAGAGAAGAGGACCUUUAGGCCGUCGAACAAACAUCAAAGAAGGCGGCUUCACAAGCGUGAAGGAGACUCAUCCGAGGAAGAAGAGGAGGACGAGGAGGACAGAGAGAAGAGGACCUUUAGGCCGUCGAACAAACAUCAAAGAAGGCGUCCAGACUGGUACAAGAGGAGUGUCACAUCAACCGCCGCCGCCAACAACCUCACCCGCUUACUCAACUACAGAAAGGCCCAGCUGUCACGCGUCACGGAACCAGAGGGGGGCGCAAAGAGCACUCACCCCAAGGAUGCUUCUUUCAAAAUCAAAGAAUUACUUAAAGAGAGAGAGCUGGCUAACCUGGCUGCCAUGGACCUGGAGGUGCAGCAGAUCGCCAGCAAGAUCCACAACGGCCAGAAGAAAUGA